AUGGACGCGUUCGUAUCUCGCAAGCGGCGCCGCAUUUCGCCAACGGAUGAGGAAGAGACGAAAAUAGCCUGCUUGGCUGAGGAAGAAUCUACUGACUUCAAGCUGGCCGUCUUGGCUUCUCUUCAUCCUGAUAUAGACCAUAGCGCUCUUCUUGAAGCUCUGCUAGCUUCCAAUGGCGUGGUUGACGCCGCGUCCGAGCAUUUAUUGCGGGCAGGUAGCAACAAGUCCCCUUCAAAGCGGCGAAAUACAAAUAGUAUCACGGGGUACCAGUCGACGAUCUCAUCCUUCAGCCUCAAAUCAAAGACUGCCGAGCCAGGCGCUUAUGUCUCGAAAAAACCAUCCGCGAAAAAGGGCAAAACUCUACAUCUCUACUCGCCAGAAGACAUAGAAACAACGACCCCCUGCUCCAUAAUCCACAACUUCCUGCCCCCCAACGAAGCCGACGCUCUCCUGCACGAGCUGCUAAAAGAGGCCCCAACCUUCAAGCGCGAGAAAUUCCGCCUCUUCGAAAACGUAGUUGAGAGCCCGCACACCAUGUGCUUCUACGUAGACAGCUGGGACGAAGCCGAGCGGCAGAAAACAGAAUACGUGUACAACGGUAGCUACAUCGCCGACGUACGCAAAACGCUCCCCGAGAUGCGCAACGUCGCCGUUAAAGUCCAAGAAGCCGUCAACGCCGAGAUCCAGCGCCGGAUUCAGAUCUACUACCCUGGGGGACAGAAACUCAAGUACCAGUCCCCCGACGAAUGGAAGCCGAACGCCGCGUUCGUGAACUGCUACGAUGGCGGCGCUGAGAGUGUAGGCUACCACUCCGACCAACUGACCUACCUCGGUCCGCGCGCUGUGAUCGGCAGCUUGAGUCUCGGCGUCGCGCGUGAGUUCCGGGUGCGGCGAGUGGUCGCGCGAGACGAGGACGAGGGUGAGAGCGAUGCCAAGAAUGGCCACUUCCCGGGCACGAUUGCAUCCAGCGCCCCCACCCGCGCCGACGCCGAAGGCCAGAUCUCAAUCCACCUCCCCCACAACUCUUUGCUAGUCAUGCACGCGGAGAUGCAAGAGGAGUGGAAACAUUCCAUCGCCCCGGCCUCAGCAAUAGACCCGCACCCCCUCGCCGGAAACAAGCGGCUCAACAUCACGUACCGCUGCUACAAGGCGAGUCUGCAUCCGAGAUUCACCCCGCGGUGUAAGUGUGGCGUGCCGACUGUGCUACGGUGUGUGCAGCGGAAGAGGGAGAAUAGGGGGCGGUAUAUGUGGAUGUGUCAUGCGAAUUAUACGCCGGGGCAGGAGGGGUGCUCGUUCUUCCAGUGGGCGGAGUUUAACGAUGAUGGGGAACCCCCGUGGGCUAAGGGUGUGCUGGGUGCGAAGGAGGCGGAAGGUGUUGCUGGGAGCGCUACGUGA